AGGAGGCACAGCUGCUGUCCCCUUGGCUGUCUUUGCGACGUCAGUCUCAGUGACGAAGCCGUGCGUGAUUUGCUGGGCUUGGUUUGCGUCUCAAAAACAAGUAUUCAAUUGUCUUUAGAAAGAGUUUUGCAAGACAAGAUCUCAAAGUGGAUUGCGUCCUCAGAAAUUUAUUUUUUGAACUGCCAUCUCUUAACGUUAUCUAGAAAAGCAAAACCAUGUCCUCGGACGAAGACACAAAUACGGCGUGCUCUUCCCAAUAUAGCGAUCUUUCGUCCAGCAACGAAGGAACGCAAGGGCGCUCGAGCUCCUCGCGGUCAAGUUCCGACUUGAAUCAUUUGGAAACAUUAACGCGCCAAAUUGUGCAGACGGCCGAAUAUAAUUCGACACGAGUCUGCGUCAGCGUAUUCUUAUUCUUAAGGGGCUUCGUGCCUUUUGAUGUAAAUGGUUUCCGUUCAUGAAGUGUAUUCAUUCCACUGGGUGCAGCUUUGAGAUACUUGCAGGCAUAACGAUCAGCAGCGUCAGCUUGUCGCGCGUAUUGGUCUGUCUGCAAAAUUCCUCACCAGGUAGAGACGAGCUUCUGGGGCCUGCCAAGAAGGGACGAGCGUAAUGCGAUGUACUUACGAAUCGACGGCGUUAGAAGUUAUUGGGACGACAAGCGAAGUCAGUUUUGUUUCUGGUUUUAUUCAUGCGGUAGUAACAGUUUUGAGGACGUCGUCGGCUAUACCGUCGACGUGCUGGACUCUGCGUUUGUGCAGGCAGGCGUGAGUGCGAGCAUCAGAAGGAUUGGAGCUUACAGGUGGGAUUGGUGGAGUACGCGCCACCCCGUGUACUACGACAACGAGGACUUCUGUCAGACGCCCGGAGACGUGGAAGAGGAACUGGAGCGGGAGAAGGGUGCCGAGAUUUCCUCUGUGCUGCUUUGUCACGUUGUUGCUUGCGAUUUUGCGUCAAAGAUUUUGCAUCUUUAGAUGGGCGAAAAAGCGACAAAAAGAACCAACUCAACACAGCGUUCCGGGACUCGUGGGAUGAGGUGAUCGAAGCUGCUCACGAUGGGGACGUGAUAACGUUGGAGGUGGAGCUGGUUCCGUCCUGA